GAAUUCUCACGCAACGAAGAUGUUUUUCAUUACAAUUCGAGAAUCGUUGAAAUGUAUUGUUCACCUCAUGCAGUCCUUUAGUUGCGAUUAAUCGAUUAAAAAUGUAUAUAUAGAGCAGAAAUUAAUUUUUGUGCUACGUAAAUAUUUUUUUUAAUUAGCUUAUUUUGACUUAUACUUCUAAAAAGCGUCAAUCUUGCGACAAUCGUAAUGGGUUAAUUCAUCGCGUUGGUUAAUGGCAAACACUGUAAACAAAUCAUGGCUAGCUAUUUAAAUAUGUGAGUCAGAGAUGCAUUUAACACAUUUCGGUAUUGGUUCAUUAUAUAGUGUCAAGGAGAGACUGUGACUACUUUGUUAUCUGGAAUCUAUUAUCUUGCUGCGGAGUUUAAAUCGCAAUCCGUAGAAUAUAAUUUUAACCAUGGCUUCUCCACAAAACCAGCACCCUCAAAGUAUGGGAUCGACAAAUGUCAUAUUCCGAACUGAUAUACGCUUUGAUUCAAGUUACCUGAAGACCACACCGGGAAUUUUUAAAGCAACUGCUAUUGUCCUCAACCUUCUCGGCUUCAUUUGCAUACAAUCAUCAGCGUUCUGGUCGAAUGGACGAGGCGUGUACUUCAACGUUGUCGCACAUUUGGGUCUCUGGUUCACCGGUAUCUUGCUCGUGAUGUAUCUUUUCCACGUGGUUGAGAAAUACCACAACUUCAUGUGGCUGAAGGUUGAGAUGAUCGCGUGCGGGAUAAUCUCAUUCCUGUAUUUGAUAGCGUCUACUAUCGUAGUUGCUUUUGGAUCGGCCGCGUAUUCCGCUGCUGGGUUCUUUGGUUACCUGGCGAUGGUUCUAUACGGCUUCGACGCAUUUCUGAAAGGUCGGGCCAUAAAGGCUGGGGAGCUCGCACAGGGCUCUUUCGUGCUCACCAAACAGACACAUGUCACCACUCCACCUGCGCUGCCCUAACACGUGACGUCACCACGGUAUGACCACUACUCAAACACCAGAUGCUCAAACACGUAGCAAUUGAUACUAAGAUCAAACUGUAAUUUUUUUGUUAAAAAUGUUCUUUGUAAUUCUACGUAAUUUGUAAAUAUAAUGAAUUUUAAUUUACGAAUUUCAAAGGCAAAAGUUAAUAGACACGCCCGUUCUACCUUAGACAAUAGUUACCAUCGGGUAUAAUUGUAUUCAAGCGUAUGUCUAUUCCAAAUUUAAAGUUAAAAAAAAAAACAUUAAGCCCUCCAUAUCAAUUAGAAGUUUCUAAAAAUGUGAAAUUACACCUUUUUCCAUCUAAUUAUUUCGUUGCAAUUAUUUAUUUUUAUAUUAUUAGUGUAAUUUAAGUGUAAUAUGUAAGUUAUACUUAACUAAGAUUUUUAUCGUUUGUAUGUUUUUACAUGUAAGAAGUACAUAUUUCUUUAAAACUUUCUAUUUAAUUAUAUAAACUUUUCGUUAUUUAACAUCUCUUAACUUACUUUUACUUAAAAUGUAUACUGAAAGUGUUUUGAUCAAGUAUAGUGGAGUGUUUCCAUGUGAGUAAAUAAGUAAGUAAUUGACAAUAUCUAUGUUUGUAAUUUUGCAGAUAAUCACUAACAAUUAUACAACAGUGUAUACAUUUCUACUGACAGUUUAAUGUCAGUGCAGAUUUGAUAUCAUCCAUUUAUUUUGCGAAGACGCAACUUUGUAUACUUAUAAGAUGUGUCACAGACUAUUUUUUUAAAUACUUUACAGAAUUUCAGCAUUUAAUUUUGUAUUACUAUAUUUUAUCAUCUAUUUAAUUCUUUUUUUUUUCUGAUAAAUAUUUUUUUCUAGUCUUCCAAGUAAGAUAUAUAAUUAUAUGCACCGAAAUUAGAAAAACUAUAAACCUGCGGUCGCAAUGAGAUAAGUAUGAUGUAGGAUGAUCGUUUUUUAAAUGAUUUAUGUAAAUAAUAUUUUGUACACACAAUAUUCUUAAAGGUAUUUAAUAUCGUUAUAAUAGCAAAAAAUAUAUCGUAAAGCAAUUAAUGUAUUUGAUUUGUUUUAUAUAUAUUUUGAAUAAUGUUUAAUUCGGAAAAAUAUCAUUUAUUACAUAUUUUGUAAUAGCAAUACCAGCCUACUAAGUGCUACCCACUACAAACUAGUUUUUUUUUUUUUGUAUUGAGGUCAUAAAUGUAUUAAUUUUAUAUAUAAUGAAAAGCAAAGAUUAGUUUUAAGAAUAAGUAAUUUAAUGUGUCUUUAAAUUAAACCCACCCAUUGUUUGAUAUAUUUGCACUCAAAAUAAUCUUUAACAUGCCACACUAUGUAUUGUUUAUGGUUGAAAGAAAAGAAUGUUGCUUGCACAUGAUAUAAGGUAAUGAAAUGAGUUGGUCUUGCCAGAAAUUCUGAUGACCAGAUAAUCCAAUUUACAGUGUCUGCACAUAAUGUACUUAAUUAUAAGCAUAUGAGUUAACGGCCUUACAUAAAUAAGGGUGAUUAGUUAAACAGUGCUGUCUUUUUAAAGUUAUACUUCUUUUAGCGCGUUAUAAAAUAAGAUGAAAUGGAUAUUUUGCGAUGCACAGAAAUAUGAUUUAGUUGCUCAUUGAACCGCCAAUUAAGUCAAGUCAAGUAGCUCGAAAUAGGCAACUUCGCACCUUAUGUUUAUUUACAAAUUUAAAUUAUGACCGUUUAAAUUUGUAAGUGAGUCUUAUACUAGUGAUUAUUAGAGACAAAAUUAUAUUUAUCAUAUGAAUAAUUAUUAUUUCAUUAAAAUUAAUUAUUUGCCUCCAAUUAAAAAUAUUUAUUUAAUUUUGAUAUAGAAGUAGAACUUGUCACAUGCGUACAUAAGUACGUAAAUGUUACCCUUUUUUUAAAUGUCAAAUCAAUAAGGACAAAAAGGGAGGUGGUUAACUAAUCACACUAAACAGUGUGUAGGCUAUCAGUGUUGAACGCUAAACUUUGUUACUGUUAACAAAUAUAGUAUAGGAAAUUUGUACACAUAUAUUCGCAUAUAAAUUUUAAUCUUGUAUAAAUAAAUGUAAUUAUUUAAGAUAUUAUCUCCGUCCUCAGCAUCACUUGCUCACGCUUGUGUCAAAUGUUCAAUGUAUUUUUCUAAUUACGCUUAAUAUUUUAAAAGCAAUGUAUUGUAUUUAAUUUAUAUAAAUGAUGAUUCGAAGCUUAGGGCUAUAAAUGUCGUUAUUAGGAUUUAUCAUAUAAUGAGGUAUAGUAUAAGUCCAGUCAAUACGUCGGAAAAAUGGCAUAUACAUGCAAUUGAUCCAAGAAGGAUUCUCAAGAACGAAGGAAGACGGAUACUGUGUCUUUUUUAUGACGCCAAAUAUUUUUCAACAAAAGGUUUUAUAAGAAGCACGAAAUUACAUCGCAGGUAUUAACAUGCUUUUUCUAGAUUGUGUUGAUGUAUCACAAAAAAGACGGCGAAAAACAAUCACUUACUUUUGUACUUCUUCAUUCGAUAUCUCAACAAUGAUUAACGAUAAGUAAAAAAUGUAUAUGGCCUACAUUUUAGAGCUUAAUAAAAGCCACGAAAAGGUAUAAAAAUCCAAUCAUCGUAUUAUGACGGAAGUUGAGUUAUCGCGGUAUAACAAAAAAUACCAUCUAUUUAAAAAUGGCGGAGAUAUUUGGGUCGACAAUUUCAAUGUUUAAAGCAUUAAAGCUAUAUUCUAUAUAUAUUGACUAACUGACAGUUAACAUUCGUGGAAAUUGCAUUUUAAAAUGCUUAUAUUGACUGGACUAUAUUUUUUAUUGAGGGGUUUGUAAAAAAAUCAAUAAGUUUUUGAGAUUUAUAAACGAUGUAUAAAAUAUAAUAUUGGAGUACACAAACAGCAAUGUAAGAAAAAUGUCAUGUAGGCCUGUGCAACAUGCCAAAUUUAUAGGUAGUUAUUUAUUAGUUUGUUAAAUAAAACUAUUUGUAAUUUU